GCUGCUCCGUGGAGUGCGCCGUGCUGGCAGAGGCGCCAAGGAGGGCAAGGGCAGCGGGAUGCUGGCAUACCUGGAGGCCUUUGGCUGCUGCGGCCCCGAUGGGCUGGUGCCCGCGGGAGGGGCUGCCCUGUCGAUCAGCGUGGCGGGCCACCAGGAGCUGGAGGGCCACACCUUCUACCAGCUCCACUGCCUGCUCGUGGCAGACGGCUUCGAGCCGCUGAGGCAGCGUGGGGCGAGGCAGAAGUUUCCAGCGCAAGACGCCGCUUGGCUGAACCCCCAG